UUUUACCAUGUUGGUCAGGCUGGUUUUGAACUCCUGACCUCGUGAUCUUAAAGUGCUACUAGGAUUACAGGCCUGAGCCACCAUGCCCGGCCACGUGUCAUACAUUUAUAUGUAUCUGAGGAUAAAGGGCAUUGGAUGGUGUCUGUGAGCCCUUCUGUGACACCUCAGGGCCAGAUGUGUUUUGGAAUUCAAAGAUUCUCAAAUUUGAGAAAGAUAAUACAGUGCAUAUACAAUAUAUCAAGCACAUCUCCAGAGGGAUCUGGAGCAACACUAAAUAAUGAAACAUACCAGUUAAAAAUUUUUAAUUGAUGUAUAAUGUAUGUACAGAAAAACACACCACUGGGUAUAGCUAAAAGAAUGUUUAUAAACUGAAGAUAUAUGUUAUUAAUGUUUCUGCCAUAAUUGUGAACAUUUACAUUUAGUGGAAUAAAUUGAGAUUACAAAUAUGCUCAUAUCAGGUCAAGCGGUGCUGCGAAAUGAGUGACAUUGGGUUUUGCUCUCAAAGGAGUUAUACAAUACCUGGGUUUUGGAUUUCUGACUUUGGGAUGAGAGCUUGCGGGCCUGUGUUAAUACGAGAGACAGUCACGUGAGCAAGGCAUUCCAAUAGAGCCUGGAAAAGGCAUCAGGGCUAUGAAAGGAUGGGGACUGGAUGGCUCUUCAGUCUGGUGUUUGCUCACAUAUUCCACAUCCUUCCUCCUGAGUCCUGCCAUUUUGCUCUUUCCCCAGGAGUACACAUCCAGAUGCCGGCCCAGCUGCCACAGGGGAUCCCUCUGGGAGACUGAAAGGACAGGUUCUGGGGCUCGAGUUGAGGCCGACCAGCCCUGACCCUCAGGCCAGGGGAAUGGCAGCCCCCUUGGAGCCCCAGGACCAGGCCCCUGGGGAGGGAGAAGGGCUUCUGAUUGUGAAAGUGGAAGAUUCCUCCUGGGAACAGGAAUCUGCCCAGCAUGAGGACGGCAGGGAUUCCGAAGCCUGCCGCCAGCGCUUCAGGCAGUUCUGCUACGAGGAUGCGCAUGGGCCUCAUGAGGCCUUCAGUCAGCUCUGGGAGCUGUGCUGCCGCUGGCUGCGGCCCGAGCUGCGCACCAAGGAGCAGAUCCUGGAGCUGCUGGUGCUGGAGCAGUUCUUGACGGCGCUGCCAGGGGAGAUCCAGGGCUUGGUCCGUGAGCAGCACCCAGGAAGUGGCGAGGAGGCUGUCGCCUUGGUGGAGGACCUACAGAAGCAGCCAGUGAAAACCUGGCCGCAGGAUGUGCCCUUGGAGGAGGCGGAACCCAAGGCUGCAGGCCAGGAAUCUCAGGCCAAGGGGCCUCCCUCGACAGUAGGGGCACGGAGGCAGCCACCUGUUCCCCAGGAGCAGCACAGCCAUGGCGCCCAGCUUCCUGCUCUUCUUAAAGAGGGGCAGACCAGAGAGCCAAUGGAUACCUGCUUUGUCUCCGGCGUCCAUGGACCUGUGGCAUCAGGAGACAUUCCAUUCUAUUUCUCCCAGGAAGAAUGGGGCACCCUGGACCCUGCUCAGAGGGAUCUCUUCUGGGACAUAAAGCGGGAAAACUCCCGGAACACGACUCUGGGUUUGGGGCUCAAAGGCCAAAGCGAGAGGUCCCGGCUGGAGGAGGUGGUGCCAGCGCUGCCAGGACAGGCGGACCUGGGCCCAGUGGUGGGCGCGCGACGGGGGCGGCCACCCACGCGCCGUCGCCAGUUCCGGGACCUGGCGGCUGAGAAGCCGCACAGCUGCGGGCAGUGCGGGAAGCGCUUCCGCUGGGGCUCGGACCUGGCGCGGCAUCAGCGCACGCACACGGGCGAGAAGCCGCACAAGUGCCCCGAGUGCGACAAGAGCUUCCGCAGCUCCUCGGACCUGGUGCGCCACCAGGGCGUGCACACGGGCGAGAAGCCCUUCUCCUGCUCCGAGUGCGGCAAGAGCUUCAGCCGCAGCGCCUAUCUGGCCGACCACCAGCGCAUCCACACAGGCGAGAAGCCCUUCGGCUGCAGCGACUGCGGCAAGAGCUUCUCACUGCGCUCCUACCUGCUGGACCACCGGCGCGUGCACACUGGCGAGCGGCCCUUCGGCUGCGGAGAGUGCGACAAGAGCUUCAAGCAGCGCGCACACCUCAUCGCACACCAGAGCCUGCACGCCAAGAUGGCCCAGCCCGUGGGGUGAGCAGCCGGCUUGGCCGGAAACCCCGGGGAGGCCCAGCCGCGGCACAUUGUUUCGACCAUGGGACUUUCUUCCCCUCUGUGGCCACCUCCCGGGCUGUCCAAGGGACUCCAGGGCACCCUACACGCAGAGCUUGCCUGCCCUGCUGUGCUCUGAGGACCUGCCCAGCACUCAAAGGGAACGGAAGCCCCCUCACCUUGUCUUUCCCCCUUCUGCUCCUAGCAUUUCUCUUCCCCUCUAGUCUCCUGAAGCGUCAACACAUUCCUGACGGGCAGCAGGGCGGCCAGGACGCAGGUCUAGGUCCCUUCCCAGAAGCCCCCCAGCCUCAUUUGACUGUGGCUCUUUGGCCUCCACCCUCUGGGGUGGGUCCAUGGGUCAGGCCUCUGCCCUGCCAACCUGUGCCUUUCAGUGGGCAUGAAGGACUGGCCUUGGCCCCCCAGGGGGCUGCUGGGCUUUGGGAGGGACAGUCAACCCACACCUGUGGGACCCCAGGUGUUAGUCACAGCCGCAGGGGCUUUUUGGCCCCACCCACUCCCGUUUCCAGGCCGUGACCACUCUGCCCUGUCCUGGCCACAUGGACUCCUCCUGCCUUUACCCUCGGCCUACUUGCCCCAGCAUGAGCCUCGAGAGCCAUCUGCCCACCAGUCUGGUCAGGAUAAUGGUGGCUCCAGUGACAACCCUGGAGACGAAGAACAGGGCGUCUGGCUGCCGUCCACUCCUCUAGAGGUGCAGCUGCACCGUACUCAGUGCUAGCACUCCAUCAGCAGUGGAGCUCCACCCCCUCGGCACUAGCGCCCUGCUUCGUCGGCGCUAACGCCCCCGCUCCAUCGGCACUGGUGCCCCGCUCUAUCGGCACUGGCAACCCCCUCCAUCGGCACUGGCGCCCCCCUCCAUCGGCAAUAACGCCCCACUCCAUCGGCACCGGCGGCCCAUUCCAUCGGCACUAGCCACCCACACCAUCCGCACUGGCGCCCCGCUCCAUUGGCACUAGCCCUCCCCCUCUCCAUCGGCAAUAACGCCCCGCUCCAGCAGCCCUGGCGCCCCGCUCCGUCGGCACUAGCAACCCCUUCCAUCGGCACUGGCGCCCUGCUCCACUGGCACUUUGCUGCUGCCCGCCUCCUCCAGCACUGCCUUCCAUGGACAGGGACGGACCACAGGCCCUGCAAGGACUCAGCCCCGCAGGCCUCCAAAGGGUGACAGAGGAGUUUUAAUAAACGUGGAAACUU